UCCUCCUCCUCAACCUCCGCGAUCUCCUACAAACGCUCACACCCACACAAACGCCAUCCCGCCCUCACAUCCGAGUAUCUCCACCCUGCGGCUCCCAGUGCCGAAGAAGCCGUGGAAAGCAUUCUGUAUAACACGCCCUCGACCACACGCGAUCAGCAACGUCAGCGACAUGUCUUUAACUGUCUGGUGCAGAACGAGCCCGGAGUGUUGAGUCGAGUCUCGGGAAUCUUGGCAGGGAGGGGGUUCAAUAUCGACUCGCUUGUGGUUGCAAAGACGGAGGUUACGGAUUUGAGUCGGAUGACGAUUGUGUUGAGGGGCGAGUCUGAGACGAUCGAACAGGCACGGAGGCAGCUUGAGGAUCUUGUCCCGGUAUGGGCGGUCCUGGACUACACGGGCUCGAAGCUCAUCCAACGAGAACUCCUCCUCAUCAAGGUUUCCAUCCUCGGGCCCGAACACGUCCGUGCGCAGAUGAACUCCCGUUCACCCAAUUACCAACUCCUCCUCCAGGACGAAGCCGCCUCCGACCCCAUGACUCCCUCGGAUGCCCUCCGUCAGACUCAAGCCCACCUCAAAUCCCUGCGGGAGCUCACAGAGUUGUUCCAGGGACAUAUUCGGGACGUGAGCAGUGAUUGCGUGGCAAUUGAAUUGUCCGCAAAGCCCGACCGAGUGGAUGCGUUCGUGAAGCUGGUGAAGCCAUUCGGGAUCUUGGAGGCUGCCAGGAGUGGGAUGAUGGCGAUGCCUAGAUCACCGAUUUAUGACAGGCAGGAGUUUGAGGCCGAAAACAAAGUUCAGGAGGAGGGGUCUGGAGUCGAUGCCUCCUUGUUGCCUCCCGGAUAA